GAAAUAGAACGAGCAAUGUUCGCUCUCGCGCAGAAGUACAAUGCCUUGAAGGGCCACCAACUCCAAGUCCUUGAUGGCAAUGGCGAGCCAGAGCUCGACAGCUACCUCGCCAUGCCCAACAACACCUCCGAUGGCGACUUGUGGAACCCCCUGACUCGGAGACUUGCUGCGCCAUCGCCUACGACACCACCCCAGCAUAAGUUUGCCACGGUGAUGCGAGAGAGUGCAGAGCAUGAAGCAGGUCAAGUUUAUUGUAGAAUAUGACAGCGUAGCAAGUUGUGCUGUCUUGCAAGAUCGCGAAGUCUCCUGAUGCUCGCAGUCGCUUGAAAGUUUUUGUUCAGUGUGAAGCUCAAGAAGCUG